AUGUUGAAGAGACAGGCCACAGUUGGACGAGCAUUCCCCAUCUUUGUGGGUGGCAAGCCUGUCACCACCGCCACCACGCUCAAGGUGUUCGACAAGUACACCAAGCAGGUGGGCUAUGAGGUGUCCCUUGCCGGCCCGCAGGAGAUUGAGAACGCCCUGCAGCUUGCUCACCAGGCUGCCCCUGCCAUGCGGGAGCUGCCCAACUACAAGCGCAAGGAAAUCCUCCUCUACUGCGCUGCCGAGAUCCAGAGGCGCCAGGACGAGCUCCUGCACUCUCUCUGCGUCGAGGCCGGCAAGCCUCUGAAGGAUGCCCGCGCCGAGCUGGGCCGCGCCUACGACACCUUCACCAUCGCCGCCGAGGAGGCCAUCCGCCAGUACGGCGAGUUUCUUCCUCUCGACGUCUCCGUCAGGAACCCCGGCUUCACGGGCCUCGUGCGCCGCUUCCCCGUCGGCCUCAUCUCCAUGAUCACGCCCUUCAACUUCCCGAUCAACCUCGUGGCCCACAAGGUGGCGCCCGCCAUCGCCGCCGGCUGCCCCUUCGUCUUGAAGCCCAACGAUGUCACACCGGUGGGCGCCCUUCUCGUGGGCGACAUCCUCUCCAAGGCCGGACUCCCCGACGGCGCUUUCUCCGUGCUGCCGUGCAAGCUCGAGGACGCCAAGAAGCUCUCCACCGACCCGCGCAUCCAGGUCCUGUCGUUCACCGGCAGUGAGCAGGUGGGUUUCGCGCUGCAGCGGGGCGCGGGCCGGUCGAAGGUGCUGCUCGAGCUGGGCGGCGACGCGGCGUGCGUCGUGGACGAGGGGUCGGACGUCGACCACGUGGUGUCGCGCAUCGGCUUCGGCGCCUUCUACUACGCCGGCCAGUCCUGUAUCUCGGUGCAGCGUGUGUACGCCCACGAGUCCAUCUACGAGGAGCUCAAGCAGAAGCUGGUGGCUCAUGUGAAGACCCUCAAGAAGGGCGAUCCUUUCGACGAGGACACCUUUGUGGGUCCCCUGAUCAGUGAAGACUCGGCCAAGCGCCUCGAGUCGUGGGUUCAGGAGGCGAAGGAGAAGGGCGGCAAGGUCCUGGCCGGCGGCUCACGCGACGGCUCCGUCUUCGACCCGACCAUUCUGGAGGACGUUCCCGACUCAGCCAAGCUUGCGUGCGAGGAGGCCUUCGGCCCCAUUUGCGUGCUCCACAAGUUCAGCGACUUCAAGGAGGCCAUUGAACAGGUCAACAACUCGCGCUUCGGUCUGCAGGCCGUGCCCAACCCAGGCGUGUUCACCAACGAGUGGAAGAAGGCCUGGUACGCCUAUGACAAGCUCGAGGUCGGUGGCGUCGUCAUCAACGACAUCCCCUCCGUGCGCGUCGACGCGCAGCCCUACGGCGGCAUCAAGAGCAGCGGUGUGGGCAGAGAGGGUCUCCGCUACACGAUCGAGGAGUUCACGGAGCCCAAGAUCCUCCUCACCAAGGACCUCGGCAAGCUGUAA